AUGGCUCAAUUCCACCAACCUUGCUUUUCGUCCUCCAUCCCGCCAGUACAAGUCGAGAUGCAACGCUCUAACCAGCACCACGGCUCUGACCAGAGAAGAAACUCUUCUGCUCACUCUUCUCGUACCAACACUGGCCAGGGAAUGGGUCCAGCCCCUACGAUCUUUACCAACGCAGGUCAAGCAAACACUGGUUUCGCCUCUGCUUCGAACGCUGGACAAACUGGACCUCCUUCCUAUGCUUCUGGUGCCAAUGCUAGCCAAACAGUGUCACCAACCUUCCCCUUCAACCCCAACUUCGAGCACACCAUGUCAUCUGAACGCCCUGAGCUCGAGCACAUGAUUGUGUCCAUCAACCGCCAGAAGCUCGUAAGCGAUGACAUGGAGUGGACCACUCAGUUCCCUCUGAACGAUCUCAGAAACUCGACUACCGGCGACUUCCCUNNGAUCAACCAGCUCUCAUACAGUCGUCUGAUUGGCGAGAUCUCUGACAAGAUCCGUAGCAAUGUCGGAGAAGAAGGUCUAUCUGUCGUUUGGGUCAUGCCUACCAUCAACCAGUUGGGUGUUGUUCGCGACAACGGCUCGCUGAAGGCAGCUGUCUUGGACCACCAGCAUGCGGGCAAGCACAUCAUUCAGCUGUACGUUGUCAGAGAGAAGGGUAAGUCAACAGUGUCUUCCAAUUCCUCCACUACUUGCAGAGAUCUGAUGAGAUACNNAGCCGAGGGUACCGUUCUUCCCGAAGUCUUCACUUCAAAGGUCUUUAUUCUGCCCAAGGCUCCGGCUGUUCCCAAUGGCCUUCUCAGUCCCGAGCCUGGUCAGCAAGAAGACACGCCCAGACCAGCCGCCACUUCCACCUUCGGCAAAGCCUUCGGUCAGUGA